AUGAUUAACGUAUUCAAUUCACCCAUUGAAGCAUCAAGCAUCGAUGAAUUUGCUGAAGGUCGAUCUGACGAAAAACAAGUGUUUGAAAAGCGCAGACGCCGUCCGAAGAUUACAUACACAGCUGAUGGACGAAAGCUCAUUGAUGGAAAAUUGGAUCAAGAACAGACACCAAAUGCAUUGUGGACUACAACCAUUUCAAGAGGUGUUGCAAACGACUGGCGAGCUAAAGCCGAAGGAGGGCCGUUUUACAAAGCUAAACGCUAUGUGGCGGCUGUCUCACAAGACGUGAAAGUGUUCGUGGAACACUCAAUGCAUCAUUAUGGAACCGCAUUCUUGGUCUUACUCAACCUCUUCCUAGCCUAUACGAUAUGUCGACUAUUCAAGAUCUUAUGA